UGGGUGGGUGACAGUGGGGGGGUUCCGUGUCGCCUGCCGCCAUGCGGGAGCGGAGGCCAGCACCGGCCGCUCCGGCCCGGUGCAAGCUGGUGCUGGUGGGCGACGUGCAGUGCGGCAAGACGGCCAUGCUGCAGGUGCUGGCUAAGGAUUGCUACCCCGAGACGUACGUGCCCACCGUGUUUGAGAACUACACGGCGUGUCUGGCCAGCGAGGAGCAGCGGGUGGAACUGAGCCUCUGGGACACCUCCGGCUCCCCCUACUAUGACAACGUGCGUCCCCUGUGCUACAGUGACUCGGACGCCGUCCUGCUCUGCUUCGACGUCAGCCGCCCCGAGACCCUCGACAGCGCAGCCAAGAAGUGGAAGACAGAAAUCCUGGAUUAUUGCCCCAACACACGGGUGCUGCUCAUCGGCUGCAAGACGGACCUUCGGACAGACCUGAGCACCCUCCUGGAGCUCUCACACCAGAAACAGGCACCCAUCUCCUACGAGCAGGGCUGCGCGGCCGCCAGGCAGCUGGGAGCCGAGGGGUACCUGGAGUGCUCGGCCUUCACCUCGGAGAAAAGCGUCCACAGCAUCUUCCGGACCGUGUCCGGCAUCUGCCUGAGCAGAGCCCCCCCUCAGCCGCCCCGCAGCCCCCCCCGAAGCCUCUCCAAGAGACUCCUGCACCUCCCCAGCCGCUCCGAGCUCAUCUCCUCCACCUUCAAGAAGGAAAAAGCAAAAAGCUGCUCCGUCAUGUGAAGGGAGAAGGGAAUGACCCCACACACACACACAUCCCUUUGGGCCCCCUCCUCAAGCCCUCGGAAUGGGGUGGGGGGGCUGGACAGGGCCGUGGAGCAGCCCCCCAAAAAGGAGGAUGGGGGGGAUGCUGCCCUCCCCUCACACCAUUGCCCUGCCAGCCCCACAGCCUGGGGGGCUGCCCCCGUGGGAGGGGGUGCCUGGGGGUGUCUUCAUCUGAUCCCCAACCCUGAGGGGUCCCUGUGGGGUUUGGGGUGCCCAGACCCUCAGGGACAUCAACCCCGGGGGGUCCCUGUGGGGUUUGGGGUGCCCAGACCCUCAGGGACAUCAACCCUGGGGGGUCCCUGUGGGGUUUGGGGUGCCCAGACCCUGAGGGACAUCAACC